GUUCGCUGGCGGGGAGAAAUGCUGCGGGCUGGGGUUGCUGGAAGACUUUCGCUCCGGCGCUUGGGCUCCUUCGGGGCGAUUGCAUGCGGGAAGCGGAGCUAUUCUUCUGGGCAGGAGAACCUGAAACAGACCCCUCUCUAUGACUUCCACCGACAUCAUGGUGGGAAGAUGGUGGACUUUGCAGGCUGGAGCCUUCCUGUGCAAUACACACACAGCCACCUGGACUCCCAUCUCCACACACGUCAACACUGUUCUCUCUUUGAUGUGUCCCACAUGCUCCAGACUAAAGUGUUUGGCAGAGACAGGGUGAAGUUUAUAGAAAGUCUAGUAGUUGGGGAUAUUGCAGAGCUGAAGCCUGAUCAGGGCACUCUCUCUCUGUUCACAAAUGAGAAGGGCGGCAUUAUAGAUGAUUUGAUUGUGACCAACACCUCAGAGCAGCACUUAUACGUGGUCUCUAAUGCCGGUUGCAUGGACAAAGAUUUUGCCCUCAUGGAGAAUAAGAUGAAGGAAAUGAAAGCAGCUGGCUAUGAUGUACACUUGGAGGUGUCAGACAAUGCUUUGCUUGCUCUGCAAGGUCCUACUAUGGCCCGUGUGCUGCAAUCCGGGGUGGCAGAUGAUCUGGCUAAGUUACCCUUCAUGAGCAGUGCGAUGAUGGCCGUAUUUGGAGUGCAAGGCUGCAGGGUGACACGUUGUGGCUACACAGGCGAGGAUGGCGUAGAGAUCUCUGUCCCUGCGAAUCAAGCUGUGGAGCUGGCCGAGCUGUUGCUUAGGGACUCUUCUGUGUGGCUGGCCGGACUUGCAGCUAGGGAUAGUUUGCGACUGGAAGCAGGUCUAUGUCUUUAUGGGAAUGACAUUGAUGAGAACACAACCCCUGUGGAGGCCAGUCUGGUGUGGACUCUUGGGAAGCGCCGUCGUGUUGCCAUGGAUUUCCCUGGGGCUUCAACCAUUUUGGCCCAAAUUAAAGAGAAACCGAAAAAGAAGCGUGUAGGGCUGACUUCUACAGGACCUCCCAUCCGGCAGCAUGUGCCCAUUCUUAGCCCAGAGGGCAAGGCAAUUGGUGAAGUUACUAGUGGCUGCCCAUCACCAUGCCUGCAGAAGAAUAUUGCUAUGGGCUAUGUGGACAGCGAAUUCAGCAAACUGAACACAGCCCUCACUGUAGAGGUGAGGAAGAAGAACUAUCCAGCUCUUGUGACCAAAAUGCCCUUUACACCUACCCAUUACUACACCAUAAAAUAGGCUGCUGCCAGCAGAGGUUUUUAAUUUUAUAUCACAUUAAAAGACAAGAGAUAUCUGACUCUAUGAAGAGUCUGCUACUAAAGACAAAUUGAGCCUAGAGAAGACUGUAUCAGUCUAGGAUUGAUGUCUGCAGUGCGAGGUGGAAUAUUUGAGAUCUGAUAAGCAGAAAAGUAACCUGGUUUCAUUCCUCUCAUCUGCUCAGUAGCUUCUUGGUUGCUGUCAUGAGUCAUUUGACUCAGAUCAUGCACAUAUAGUUGAAUCUAGGCUACAUUUUGGGGAUUGGUUAGGCACGUUGGAAUUUGGAAAGCAUAUUCUGGGCAGACUUACAAAAUUGGAGCAUGGUCAGCAACAAAAUUCUAAUUUAGCAGAAGGAAAACUGAAGAAGAUACUCUCUACUUUUGAACUCUCUUCUUCAGGACCUUGCCCUUUGACUCACAGCUGAUCAGCUGUCUUUUUCCUGGGUAGAUGGACACUAGACCCUCUCUAUUUUUAUACUCGGAGAAUGCCGAUGAGCCCAUUGGAAUUUUUUAAAAAUAAAUGUCAGGUAGUUAGAUACCAAAGAUAAUGUCAGUAGGCACAGGGAUACAAAAAUCACAGAACUACUUGUGAGCCAUUUUUUUUAAAGUAGAGGAUUGUUAAUUCUUCAACACAUGUUUUGUGAGAAUACACAGGAGCAGUGAUUCAAGCUUAGGCAAAUCCUCUUUUAUUUCUUUGCUUUUUUUUUCUGAGCUGGAGGCUUCAGAUAAUGUCUUGAAAUACAGCUCAGGGCACAUCUAUGAAAUUUUCUUGGCAGCAAUAAAAUAGUUUGCUAUUGUUA